AUGGGGUUUUCUUCUCUGAUUGUAUCAAUUCAUAGGAAGCAUAUUGCACUUGUGUUCAUAUGUUUAGUAUUAAUCUUGAAGAUAGCCUUGGUUUCUUCUGCCGAUCAGGAAAGCCAGAUUUACACGGUGCAUUUGGGUGAGAGACAACAUGAUCAUCCUAAACUUGUUACGGAUUCACAUCAUGCUAUUCUCAGUUCGCUUCUUGGAAGCAAAAGAGCUUCCCGUGAGUCUAUGAUUUAUAGUUACAGACAUGGCUUCUCAGGCUUUUCAGCGAAGCUCACACCAUCUCAAGCAAGGGAACUGUCAGAGCAUCCGGAUGUUGUUCACGUAACGAGAAGCACAAGUAUGAAGCUGGCAACAACAAGGGUGAAUGAUUACUUGGGACUCUCUCCAUCCACUCCAACUGGUCUCCUCCAUGAAACUGAUAUGGGAAGUGAAGCAAUCAUAGGAAUCCUGGACACAGGAAUAUGGCCAGAUUCAAAGUCAUUUAAUGACAUGGGUCUUGGACCAAUCCCGGCGCGUUGGAAGGGGCGAUGUGUUUCAGGAGAUGGGUUCAACGCAUCAUCAAGCUGCAACAGAAAGUUGAUCGGUGCUCGUUACUACGCAAAGGGUCUCCUCAAAAAGUACAAUGGGACUUUCAACGUGGCGGAGAAAGACGAGGUCAUGUCGCCCUUGGAAAAAAUCGGUCACGGAACCCAUUCUGCAUCAAUUGCCGCGGGUUCUUUUGUCCAGGACGCAAGCUUCUUCGGUCUAGCUUCGGGAACUGCUAGAGGCAGUGCCCCGCGAGCCCGCAUAGCUUCUUACAAAGUUUGUUGGAACAAGGAAGGGUGCUUUACAGCAGAUACUUUAAAGGCCAUAGAUCAUGCCAUUCGCGAUGGCGUUGAUGUUCUAUCGAUCUCGGUUGAAGGAGGAAUACCUCCUGAUUUCGAGGUUGACAGAUAUGAUUUUGCUAUUGGUGCUUUCCACGCCGUUAUGAAGGGAAUUCCCGUGGUAUGUGCUGGUGGGAACGAUGGUCCCCAUGCACAAACCAUCUCGAACAUUGCUCCCUGGAUUAUAACUGUCGCGGCUACAACCAUGGACCGAGAGUUCUUCACGCCCAUCACUCUUGGAAACAAUGUAACCGUAAUGGUACAAGUUCUAUACAUGGGAAAAGAAGUCGGAUUCACUGGUAUUCUUUACAUCGGCGACUUGACAGAAAAGGAUUUUCAAGCCGGUAAAGCUAAGGGAAAAAUCUUGUUUGCCUUUACAAACGAAUUACCAGAUGAGACUGAAGCUUUUGGAAAAGCUAAUGGCAUUGUUGGCUUCAUUAUUGCGAUACAACCAUUCGACGAGUACGUAGAAGUGGGCACCACGGAUAUCCCUCGGGCCUACGUAGACCAUGAAAUUGGGAUGGACAUUAUGUUGUAUCUCCAAACAAAUAAAUUUCCAAAAGCAAAGAUCAGCCCUACCAAGACAUUCGUUGGUCGACCCUUCUCGACCAAGGUCGCAAGCUUUUCGUCUAGAGGUCCCAAUUCAAUAUCUCCUGCUAUUCUCAAGCCUGAUAUAGCAGCACCAGGUGUAGGUAUACUUGCAGCCGUACGAUCAGGAGAAGGAUACGGAUUCGAGUCGGGGACAUCUGCGGCUACACCUAUUGUUUCAGGAAUAGUCGCACUUAUUAAACAAAAACGCCCGGACUGGUCUCCUGCUGCAAUCCGAUCCGCUCUCGUCACAACAGCACUUCAAACGGACCCAUUCGGAGAGCCUAUUUCAGCGGAGGGUGCCCCACGCAAACUUGCUGACCCGUUUGACUACGGAGGCGGCCUGGUGAACCCGGGGAAAGUAGCAGACCCCGGACUUGUCUACGACAUGGGCUAUGAUGAUUAUGCUCACUACUUGUGCUCCGCAGGCUACGAAAAUAAAUCCAUCUCAAAAUUACUUGGAAAAAGAUACACUUGCCCUUCUCCAACUCCAUCCAUGCUUGAUGUCAACUUGCCUUCCAUCACAAUUCCAUACCUCAAUGAAGAGAUCAUUAUUACUAGAACUGUGACCAAUGUUGGGCCUGUUGGUUCGGUUUACAAAGCUGUGAUCGAACCGCCACUUGGUAUUAAACUUCAGGUGAGUCCUCAGACUCUAAAAUUUGGUCCCAACACCAAGAAGAUUACAUUUACUGUGAAAGUCUCCACAACUCAUAGAUGGAAUACUGAUUAUCUCUUUGGGAGCUUGACCUGGACUGACAAUGGAGCUCAAAAUGUUAGAAUACCUCUUUCUAUUUACACGGUGCAUUUGGGUGAGAGGCAACAUGAUGAUCCUAAACUUGUUACGGAUUCGCAUUAUGAUAUUCUCAGAUCGCUUCUUGGAAGCAAAAAAGCUUCCCGUGAGUCCAUGAUUUAUAGUUACAGACAUGGCUUCUCAGGCUUUUCAGCGAAGCUCACACCAUCUCAAGCAAGGGAACUGUCAGAACAUCCGGAUGUUGUUCAUGUAACGAGAAGCAAAAGUAUGAAGCUGACAACAACAAGGGUGAAUGAUUACUUGGGACUCUCUCCAACCACUCCAACUGGUCUCCUCCAUGAAACUGAUAUGGGAAGUGAAGCAAUCAUAGGAAUCCUGGACACAGGAAUAUGGCCAGAUUCAAAGUCAUUUAAUGACAUGGGUCUUGGACCAAUCCCGGCGCGUUGGAAGGGACGAUGUGUUUCAGGAGAUGGGUUCAACGCAUCAUCAAGCUGCAAUAGGAAGUUAAUCGGAGCUCGUUACUACGCAAAGGGUCUCCUUAAAAAGUACAAUGGGACUUUCAACCCGGCGGAGAAAGACGAGGUCAUGUCGCCCUUGGACAAAAUCGGUCACGGAAGCCAUUGUGCAUCGAUUGCCGCGGGUUCUUUUGUCCAGGACGCAAGCUUCUUCGGUCUAGCUUUGGGAACUGCUAGAGGCAGUGCCCCGCGAGCCCGCAUAGCUUCUUACAAAGUUUGUUGGAGCAAGGAAGAAUGCUUUACACCAGAUAUUUUAAAAGCCAUAGAUCACUCCAUUCGUGAUGGCGUUGAUGUUCUAUCGCUCUCACUCGGAGACGAAAUACCUCUUGAUUUCGAGGUUGAUAGAGAUGAUUUUGCUAUUGGUGCUUUCCACGCCGUUAUGAAGGGAAUUCCCGUGGUGUGCGCUGGUGGGAACGAGGGUCCCUACGCACAAACCAUCUCGAACGUUGCUCCGUGGAUCAUAAAUGUUGCAGCUACGACCAUGGACCGAGAGUUCUUCACGCCCAUCACUCUUGGAAACAAUGUAACUGUACUGGGUCGAGAUGUUCUAUACACGAGAAAAGAAGUCGGAUUCACUGGUAUUGUUUACUUCGGCGACUUGACCGACAAUGAAUUUCAAGCCGGUAAAGCUAAGGGAAAAAUCUUGUUUGCCUUUAGAAAUAAAUUGCCAGAUGAUAUUGAAGCUUUUGCAAAAGCUAAUGGCAUUGUUGGCUUGAUUAUUGCGACGCAACCAUUCGACAACUACGUAAAACUGGGCACCACAAAUACCUCUCGUGCGUACGUAGACUACGAAAUUGGGAUGGACAUAAUGUUGUAUCUCCAAACAAAUAAAUUUCCAAAAGCAAAGAUCAGCCCUACCAAGACAUUCGUUGGUCGACCCUUCUCGACCAAGGUCGCAAGAUUUUCGUCUAGAGGUCCCAAUUCAAUAUCUCCUGCUAUUCUCAAGCCUGAUAUAGCAGCACCAGGUGUAGGUAUACUUGCAUCCGUACGAUCAGGAGAAGGAUACGGAUUCAUGACGGGGACAUCGAUGUCCACACCUAUUGUCUCAGGAAUAGUCGCACUUCUUAGACAAAAACGCCCGGACUGGUCUCCUGCUGCAAUCCGAUCCGCUCUGGUUACAACCGCAUUUCAAACGGACCCAUUCGGAGAGCCUAUUGUAGCGGAGGGUUCCCCUCGGAAACUUGCUGACCCGUUUGACUAUGGAGGAGGCCUGGUGAACCCGGGGAAAGUAGCAGACCCGGGACUUGUCUACGACAUGGGCUAUGAUGAUUAUGCUCACUACUUGUGCUCCGCAGGCUACGAAAAUAAAUCCAUCUCAAAAUUACUUGGAAAAAGAUACACUUGCCCUUCUCCAACUCCAUCCAUGCUUGAUGUCAACUUGCCUUCCAUCACAAUUCCAUAUCUGAAUGAAGAGAUCAUUAUUACUCGAACAGUGACCAAUGUCGGACCGGUUGAUGCGGUUUACAAAGCUGUGAUCGAACCGCCACUUGGUAUUAAACUUCAGGUGAGUCCUGAGACUCUAGAGUUUGGUCCCAACACCAAGAAUAUUACAUUUACUGUGAAAGUCUCCACGACUCAUCGGUGGAAUACUGAUUAUCUCUUUGGGAGCUUGACUUGGACUGACAAUGGAGCUCAUUAUGUUAGAAUACCUCUUUCUGUGAGGACAAGACUUUUGAAUUUCAAGAUAUAA